AAUUGUUGUGAUAAACUUAUUAAAUAGAUGGAAAAUGCGGUAGCUUUCCACCUUAGCAGACGAAAUGAAGUUGAACUUGACGUGGUGUGCUCCAUCUUAAAAGGGAGACAAUCUGGCUCUAAAUGGCAGAGUUCACACAUAGAACAGUGCGUUGACAAGAGAAAUCUGUGCGCUGCGUACGAACAUCAGGAAAUAGGUGUCCCGAUUGAUACACGAACGACUUUUGCCUGCUGCUUUUCACCCGAUGGCACUCUUCUGGCAAGUAGUCACGGGGACCACAAGAUAUACAUAUCACGCGUGGAAUCACUCCAAGUUAUUCACACACUGAAAGGUCAUGCAAGGACUCCGUGGUGUCUCGCCUGGCAUCCCGAUCCUCAAAGGAGACUCCUGGCGUCUGGAUGCCUCGGAGGAGUUACGACUGUAUGGCAGCUGGGGGAAACGGUGGCGAAGGAGAGCUGGCGUCCUGUUUCUAUGGACUCCCUGAGUGGCAAACUAGUGAGUUGUGUGGCCUUUCACCCUGUCAGACAGAGGGAAGUGGUCAUAGCUAUGGCCAAUUGCAUACUAUUCUGGGACUGGCACAUGAAGACCCCUUACAGACUGCUGUCCACUGGCAAUCCUGCUGAAAGAAUCAGCGUUGUGAAGUUUGACCCUUUGAGUCGAUGUAUGAUCACGGCCAUCAGCAACGUACACACACCCUCUCUCUCAGAGGUCAUUCAGACCUCUCUCAACUCCAACGAACAACCUGCAAAUACAAGUAGUUCUUUGCGCCCGAUCACAAUCGAUAUAAUAAACACAGGUCAACUGGGACCUCGAACCCAGCAACGACAGUCAAGAUCACGAGGUCAAAACGCAGCGACCCAAACUGACCCGGUGGCAGUAUCCGUAGGAACCUCAACGUCUUCUAUACAUCACAGCAUCCGACGGAACAAAGACGAGAAGUUGCCUCCGGAUUCAAAUCAGACUCUUGGUUGCUCGUACAACUUGAGAUCUCGAUGUACGUCUCAAAAAGAUGAAAAGAGCACUAAAAAGGAUUUUAAAAGCGGCCAUAAAACAGCUCAACCAGAGGAGGCUUCGACUUCAAGGCGUAGUUGCUCCAACGAAGAACAAUCAAUGGAAACAAGUUCGCAUAUUUCAGGAUCCUCAAAGAGGAAAACAAGAUUUCCAAGAAAAGCGAAGGCAUCGCGUUCAAGAAGCUGUUCCAGGCCUUCCAAACGGGCUAAAGUUUCGCGUAGUUCUGUUGGAACGAAUACAGAUGCGCAACAGUUAAACGAAGAACCGCAAGUCGAAGCAUCAAGAUCGACAGUCGCGGCACCCUCGGCCAUACGCGCGAAUGUUUACUUUUCGGAUUUCCCGAACUACCCCUCGACUAAUACGAACAUGGGUCCUGUGUUUCCACUUUCGAACUCGGAUCCACAUGGUGCUAUAUUUCACAGUCAUUUCCCCAGGAAUUUUGUGAGACUGCAAACUGAACCUCUGCUGCAAAGUAGUGUUCCAACUAGAACUGAAGUUCCAUUGAAUUUACCAACAUCUGCAGAGGCCAUCUCUAAUGCGAGUAGGCGACAUGACAUAAGACAUGGUCCAGCUUCGACGAGAACUGACGUAGUCGACCCUGUUGGUAACACAGUUCCGACUUCAAGUACGACUACAACAGACGUUCCGACUUCAGGUACGACUACAAGAGAAGUUCCUGCAAGUAGUCGCGACAACCCAGCAGAUUAUCUACGUAUCGCGGUCGUUCACUGCGCCGCGAAUCAAACAACAUCUUUGGUUUCUAGACUGCAGAGUCAAGCGACAACUGUUCCUAUAGAUGAUUCUGGUUAUAGAAUUAGUGUAAGGCUUCACCCGCCGAUAGAUAGAGACAUCAGCAUUUUAAGUGGAGCUUAUGGAGUUAGAGUUAACAGCGAGAGACGUUCGGAGUUUGAAAUUGACCCACCAAAUCGAGAAUUGUCGGCUCCCGAUUUGUUUGCAAACAGGGUUAUUGAUACGCUCAGAUCAGCUUUGAAUAAUCAACCAGAAACAUCUGCAAGUUCUGUUGAUUCUACAGCAGAGAACAACACAAAUCAACCGACGGUCGUUGACCCUGAAGAAGAUCAAAUUACUUCCGAGUCACAAACAAGUCCGACGUCUGCCGACCUGAGCAGAGGAUCAUCUUCAGAAACAUCGAGCUCGGGAGGCGCUGGAGAAGCUUCGGUCCUUCCAGAAUCUGGAACUUUGCACUCGUUGCCUAGUCUCCGUAGGCCUCAGAGGACUUUCACACAUCGUGUGACAUUGGGACGGAUUGUGGAACUGGAGUUGGGAGAAGUGACAAAUCCCCAGAGAGCACAUGUCAGUAGGGUGACCAGGGAACCGGAAUCUUUUCACAAUUUAGACAGCAUUCCGAGGACAUCGGCUAUGCCAUCGCAAGAACGUCCUUCAAUGCAAAUUGAUCCCAACUUGAAUUCUGUGCACUCCUCCGAAAGUGACUCCAACAGCACUACCCGGCGUCUGGCAACCUUCGCGACUUCCUCGUCAAAUCCAAUCGGAGUUCCAAGCUCGGAUUCUAACCCACUAUCGGGAGGUUCUCUGACAUCGGGUAGACAGCCGACUCGUCUGCCGAGACGAACAGCUGGAAACAGCUCUCGAAACGGAGUCGUGAGUACUCGAGAUGUAAACGGAACUCACCACAUUUACGACAUCUCUGUUUUCGACAGCCGAUUGCGGCCGAACGAAGCAAUUCAAGACGCGAUCACUCGUGUCGCUUUUGGUGCUUUCGCAGUUACUGGUGACUACAUGCGAGCUCAGCAACGCGUGUCAUAUCGUUUGCAGUACUGGACGGAUCUUAGCUUUCCGGCUAUUCACAACCCAGAAGCGAAUGUUUUAGUCAAGAGGUGUAAAGUGUUGAACCAAACAGCGCUAGAUAUAUCAAAAGACGGAUCUAUACUAGCUCUUCUGACUUCAAAUGACAAAUACGAUUUUGAGGAAACUUUUCUAUCCAUUUACCCUUUUGACUCUUUGUCCGCUAAUGUGAAACCAAUAGCAAAAAUCCCGGUCGGUCACAAUGCAAUUUCCGUGUCCCUGUCUGCUUCAAGCCUAUAUGUAUUUGUGGGGUACUACAACAAACAGUCAACUAGAUCGUUUUUCUUUCGAAAUUUUCUGAACGGGCCUUCGCUCGGAGAGAUUUUUGAGUUCGCGCCGAAGAAACUUUUCACACAGAGGUUGAUUCCAAGAAAGCAACUAAACCAGCCGACAGUUAUGACUAACAGAGAGUCGAGGUUCCGAGGCAGUAACGAAGAAGCGGUAGGCAGUGUGAACUGUGCUUGCUGGGUUCCCAUUCCGGGAAGUGGCCUGAUAUACGGGACUACAUUGGGGGAGUUGAUAGUGUGUGCUCCAAAGAGACCCAAGAUUGAAAGGGAGACGACGACAAAUAGUGGAAGCGGUAAUGCUAGAGUGGAUGACACGCCAGAAACAGCAGAUAGCCCAAGUGACCUGCUAAUAAGAUUAGGAAGGGACAACUUUGAGCUUCUGGGAGUGCAAUCGGACGAAGAAGAGGAACACACAGAGAUUUAAUUCAUCUUGCUCAUUUGUCGCACAAAUGAACAAAACUCUCGCUUGAAUCGCAACCCUCACGUUAGACUUUGUAGAAUUUCUCCUAAUUGUUAAUCGUGGUUAAAGUACAGAGCAGUAGCGCAAAUCAGAUAUUAAAUUUAAAUAGCCAGUUUAAUCUUUUACUUGU